CAGUUUCCAAUUGUUGAGCAGAUGCUGCGUUUUUGGGAAACCUAGACCGCGCCUUGUACCUAUUUUACUUCGUCGUCUUCGUCUACUAACUUGAUUCUGCGAUCGUAGACAUGGUUGAUCGAGUAAAUGCGGCUCACUCCGCCAUUCACUCCAGCGGUGGUGAUAAUAUCCAGGGCAAUCCCGCUAUUAAUGAUGGCAUUUAUGAUAGUAAUGGCGGUAUCCCGACCACAUCAGACCGCGACGCGUCUUCUCCUACCGAACCGCUCCUUAGUAGUAGUACGAGUAGUAGGCCCUCUGCCAGCCCAGUAGUAAAACGAUCCGCGACUGCUUUUAGCGCGCCAAUCAGGGAGGUCCACGUGGAUAUGUACAUUAGAGGCCGCGGCAAGGGCGGCAAGGGCAAGGGGCCGGCCUAUUCGUUUACGACGCAGCUGUUAGGGUGGCACGCGGACCGCAUCGACGUGGUGGCGAUUAAGGCGCGGUACGGCCUUAAGGCGCUGUUCGCGCUGUCGUCGACGCUCGGGCGGGGAUUGGAGCUGGUGCCGAACCCGCGGAACGGGCUGUCAAUGACGACUUAUACUGGCAAGCCGGGCAGCAGAAUAACGCUCGAUGGCGAGCCCAAGGAGCCCUUUCUAAGCCGUUCCCUUGUAGCAGCUGGGGGGUUUCUCUUUGCUCUCGGUCUGCUUCUCAUCCUCGUCUCCCACAACCCUCAGUUUGCCAGCCUCCUUGCUGGCCACAACAAUGCUCCAUCCUCACCUGUGAUGCUCUUUGGUGUCGGGAUAUUUGUGCUUAUAUUCUGGAAGAAGUUCACUGAAUGGUACAAAUAGACUAGUGAGAAUGAGAACAUCUCUUCACUUUGUGUAUUGAGGUGAUGUCUCCAUUUUGUGCAUCAUUCUAAACCACGCUCUUACCAAAGCAAAUCCUCGCUACCCUGUUGGCUUUACCGGGGCUCUUCAAAUCAAACCUUCUGCAUUCA